UGCCUUAAAAAACAGUUAGCAGCUCCACAGACAAGACUCGACACCUGAGGAUUUAUUGCACAGCCCGGGACAGCAGCCCCGAGUCCUACCCCUUUGAGUAUUGGAGCCAAAACCUUCUGGGUUUAACUCCAGAGGAUGGACCUCCGACUCAUUUGCGUUCUACUUCUGGUGGUGGCCUUGGCCGGAGCCACCCCAAAUUACCACCACUACCCCAAGAAGCACGCUCCACCUCCUAAGACUAUCACUGUUCCAGGUGAGCCCGGAGCCCCAGGUAUCCCAGGAUCACCUGGACCCCAAGGUCCCCCUGGCGCCCCCGGAGCCCCUGGCAAGAGUGGAGUAGGACACCCUGGACCAAAAGGCCCACCUGGAGCCCCUGGAGCACCUGGCUACUCUGCAGCUGGCAAACCCGGUACCCCAGGCGCCCCUGGUAAACCCGGUGCCAAUGGUAUUCCUGGGCCAAAGGGACACAUGGGUCCCUCUGGUGCUAUGGGCCCAAGAGGGGCACCAGGUUCCCCAGGAAGCCCCGGACCCGUCGGAAUGUCUGCUAUGGGAAAACCUGGACCCGUUGGCGCUCCUGGCCCAAUGGGCCCAAGUGGUGGAAUGGGACCUACUGGUGCACCUGGCGCUCACGGAAUGCCUGGUGCCAAAGGUGAGAGAGGCCAUGGCAUUCCUGGUUCCCCAGGUGGCGUAGGUCCAAUGGGACCAAUGGGUCCAGUUGGUGCCCCAGGAAAAUCUGGAGUUGGAGCACCCGGCGCGACUGGAUAUCCCGGCGAACCUGGAAAGCCAGGUGGUCCAGGAAGAGAUGGCAUCCCAGGAACCCCUGGCGCACCUGGCCUGAAAGGUCAUACUGGCCCUCCCGGCAUUGGCGCUCCAGGAAAAGCUGGAAUCAACGGUAGCCCCGGUAUGCCUGGCCCAAUGGGAAGCGUUGGUCGACAGGGCCCAGCCGGACAGCCUGGAUCUCCAGGACUGCCCGGAGUCGGCAAGCAAGGACCUAUGGGAAUUCCAGGAGAGAGGGGUGUCUCGGGUUCACCAGGUACAACAGGACAGAAAGGUGAGCCAGGCCCAACAGGAUUCACAGGUUCUCCAGGGGCCAUUGGUCCCAUGGGCCCAGCUGGUCCUCAGGGAGCAAGGGGAUUCCAGGGUGGGGAAGGCGCUCAGGGUGCUAAAGGUGACAUGGGACCCAUGGGAGUCCAGGGACCCAAGGGUCACAAAGGAGAUGCCGGCCAUCAGGGUUUGACAGGAAAGCCAGGCGUCCCAGGUACGGUUGGACCACCUGGCCCAACAGGCUACAUGGGACAUCAGGGUCAGAAGGGUGAGCAAGGAUUUACUGGUGCACCUGGUAUCCCAGGCACAAAGGGCCCAGCUGGCGUUAAGGGGCACCCAGGUCCAGCUGGACCUAGAGGAGAGAGGGGAGAGGGUGGUUUCCCUGGAGGAAGAGGACCAGCCGGGCCACAGGGCCCAGGUGGUGUCCCAGGUCUCAAAGGUCACCCAGGCCUCCCAGGUCCUCCUGGCCCAGCAGGCAUGGUGGCUAAGGGAAUGCACGGACCACAGGGUCCCCCAGGACCUCCUGGUACCAGAGGUCACGAUGGCGCCCCAGGACCAGCUGGACCCCCAGGACCCCCUGGUGCUCCCGGUGAGAUGUACUACCAUCACGAGAAGAGCGUGCCAAUGAAGCACUACGACGUACACCCCGUGGCUCACGAGUUGAUGAAGGCCCCGAUGUCCGCCUUUUCCGCCGUCCUGACCAAGGCCUACCCACCAGCAGGUUCCCCCAUUGCCUUUGAGACCGUCUUGUACAAUGGAGAGAACCAUUAUGAUCCUAGCUCUGGAGUCUUCACCGCCCAAGUGCCUGGACUCUACUACUUCUCCUACCACUUGCAUGUCAAUGGCGCAAACGUCUUGGCUGCACUUUACAAAAAUGGUCAGCCAGUCAUGUUCACUUACGAUGAGUACAACAAGGGCUUCCUGGAUCAAAUGUCUGGCAGCACUGUCCUUGAGUUGCAAGCUCACGACACAGUCUUCAUUCAGGUUCCUGAUGAGGAGUCCAAUGGUGUCUUUGCUGCCGAUAAUGUUCACUGCUCAUUCUCUGGUUUCUUGAUUGCCUCAACGUGAUAACAGACACUUAACAAAAUUUCAAAAAUCAACAUCAAAUCAAGAAGCAGUUUCUAAGAAAAAAUAAUGCAUUCACCAUCACUAAGUGCAGGUUGUUUUGUUUAAUAAUGAGUAUUUUUUUAAAGGGUGCGCUUUAGAGCCCAUUGAAACCCCCUAAUAUUUUUAUUGUGAUAUGGUUCACUGAAAAGAGAGAGAAUCUAAUAAUUCUGUAAGGACCGUUCAAAAGAGUAACCUUGUUUGUUUGGUACACUAUAAAGAAAAUGUUUCGAUUUUCUAUCUACACAUGGUGCUUCAAUCUUGUUUAUUUUUGUUUUCUGCCUUUAGUGUGACACACACACACACACACCAAUCUUGACAUGUACAUGUACAAUAGCAAAGAUCACCUCUGAGUAGCAAAACUUUUUGUAAAAUUGUAACUAAAUGCCUCACAUGACACAUCAUAAAGAAAAUAAUAAGUAGAGAUGAACAAGUCUGUCAUGAAAGAUUUGUUUUGUAUCUGAAAAGAUUACAUUUCAUUACAUAAAAUGUGAUGAAAAUGGAAUUGUGUACAUCUGACUGAAAUAAAAUGUUUUAGUUCCCAAACUGAUAA